UACCAUUAACAAUUCGAUAAAACGUACCUAUUACAUUAUCGCGUCAUUAGUAGCGUUAUGAAAAACUGUUACAUAUUAUAUGACUUAUAAAUUGAGCAAAAUUAUAUUACGCGAAUUUACAAUAUUCAUUACAGACACGUUCGCGCGAACGCUGGCUAUUAAAUUUUCAAUACUUAUUAUUAUUACCGCUCAUUAUACAUUCGUAAUACAGUUUACGUUAUAUUUAUCAUGCAGACUCAUUAUCGCCGCUUUGAUGUAACAGUAUGUUAAAUAUUCAAAAGUUCGAAAAAGGUGUUUCACGUUCAACGCGUCAGCAAGACGUCGACAGCCGUGAGACUCUUCACUUCUCUCUUGUAAUACGUCCAUCAAUCAGUCUCCCGAUUUUCGUUGCACGUCAGAGAUUUCUCGACGAAUCAACGGCCCCGUGUGCAUUCCACCACGGAGUUUCCACCGGCAUUCCGAGGACAAAGUCCUCGCAGAAACGAAACGGAAGAUAAAUAACAUCGCACUCAUCUCACGCAUUUCGGGAGCAUCGUAUAUAUAUAUAUAUAUAUAUAUAAAACGGGGAUUAAAAUAAAGCGAGACACGCAAGACGGGAAGAUUUUCGCGCAUGGUAUGCAUUUAAUGCACCGACGGAUCUCGCCUCUUAGCCACGAGAGUGGACAUCGUGAUUCUCCUAUUUUCCUCGGUGCCGAAGAGCUGUAAGCUCGGAGAGUCGGUGUGCGUUCCUUCGUAUACGCGUGCGUGUACGCUCGAGUGCGCCAGGUCGGUUUUAAUUAGAGAGCCUGCAGCACGUACCCAGGACUGCAGGACUGAGAAACAGGCUCUUCGAUUAAAUUAUUAAUUAACGUUCUCCUAGAAAUACCGCAUCGUGCGACACACGCGCGCGCGCCCCCGAUUUAUGCAGGUUGGGAAGCGAUAAAAAGCGGAGAAAAGCGCUCGGAUGGUGGACAAGGAUUGGGAUUUUACAUGCAUGCGUGGAUGCACGCGUGUAAUCUUCACGCACUGAGAGAAAUGAUUUUAUUAUAGGAACAAAUCAUGGGAAAGCAAAUGUGAUAUUUGUUAAAAAACCGAUCGAUUUGUUACGAAAUUGCAAAUUAAUUCGUCAAUGUAACAAAUAAUCAAUAACAUUGCCAGCAAAUAAGAGGCUCAUAUGUGUAUAUAAGUCGUAGACGAUUGCAGGAUUCCAAAUCGUAAGAAAUUCACCAAUUCUAGUCAAGUAUUCUCCCUACAUUUGACUGUGUAAGAUUCGCAAUAAUCAUCUUCAAAAAAAAAAAAAAAACUCUUUAUUUUUGAUUUUUGUACAAAAUUCACUUUAUCAAUUCGCAACAAUUUUCAUUUCUAGAUGCGACCGGUCUCGCAGGACUCAAUGGACUGACUAACUUAGUCCAAAGCUCUCUAUUUUAAGGCUUCGGAAAUGCUUCUGGAAAAUUCGAGUUAUUGAGUUGUUAAACGGAUACCUUCCGUUUUUAGAAAGUCUUAUUUUUAUUCUUAUCCUAAAGGACCUUUGUCCAUAAGUAAAUGUACAAGGCUCACAAAAAAAAAACGAAACAUAAGAAAAAUAAAGAAAAGGUCGUAUUUCUAACGCUUUCUUAUCCUAAGAUUAAAUUCUAAAAUAGAUAUAUGGACAAUGAUCACUGUCACAAUGAACUGUGUUUGAUCGGUUUCCUACGAUUUAAGACUCCACGAUCAUCUACGAAUUCUAUGUAAUAAUAAAUGAGCCUAAAGUCUAUCCAAAAGAUAGAUUAGAUUCUAUAUAGUUUGCUUCUAUUACUAAUAAUUGGUUGGUAUAGCAGACUAGCAACAAACACCACAACAACAAAAUUUGUUGUCACACAUAUUUACCAUUCACCGGUUAAAGAUACUGACUUGCUAAAUUAACAAAAUCCUUUCUCUCAGUGCGGUAUUGUACGAUCGCAUGACGACCCGCGUGAACCGAUCUCUCGUCCCUCAACUGUAACAAUGCCUCGAAGUGCAUUUAUGACAUCAACGGACACGACGCGACGCGGGACGAUGUUUCCACUUGGACUCUUGUUUAUACGGUGCCUCUGCAGCCAACCGUGGUAUCGCGGAAUAUGCGAAGGCGACGUCAUGCGUAUUAAACGCAUUAAAAUUCAAGCGAGUGCUCGAAACGUUCGAAUAUAUUGCGGAUUUUAUCGCUGUUUGCCUGUUUCUCGACCCGCGAGUGUAAAAACCGUUCUUUACGUUUGUGUUUUAUCACGCGCAGCUAUAUACGAAACGCGAACGGACUGAAAUGGUAAAACGCGCGGUUCAUCUCCGAUGCACGAUCUGUGGGUGAACAAGGGGGUUGUAACCGGAGAGGGCGAAGUACGCGCGCCACUCGGCGUCCAGGAGAGGGUCAAGUAUGAAAGUGCCCAUAACGGCUGUCAAACCAAUUAAGCUCGUCGCAUUGUAAAGGCUGCUUUUAGGGCGGAAAGAGAAGAGGAACGAGAGGCUUUGUUGUCAGGCGGCGGUUAUGGCCACGUAACCAUACCGGCUGCGUCUGUAAUGGAUCAGUUUUAUGGCCGCACAUCGAUGAUACCCGUGCAGUUUCCGCGGUCCACGAAGCUGGCCACAAAGUUUGUCAAAGUGCAUUGUGCCGCAGGACAGACGGAUGGACGAGUACGGUACACGCUCGAUGGUAUGCCGAUUCUGGAGACCGCAGAGAACGCCACAUUUCGCGUGAGUGUCCAGGAAUUCCAGUACGCACGCGGGACGGGCGCGUCCCUGACGAUGAGGGGUAGUGACGAGCUUCUAUCGCAAAGCGGGGCAGUCAGCAAUGGUGCUUCAAUGAGUCCGCAACCUCAUCACGCAGCCGACAACAACAAUGACGCUAAGAAGGUUAAGCUCGACAAGAGUCACAGCGGCAAACCUUCCAGAGUCAUUCAUAUCAGGAACAUACCUAACGAGGUGACAGAGGCAGAGAUCAUUCAUCUAGGUCUACCGUUCGGUCGUGUUACCAAUGUACUUGUUCUCAAGGGCAAGAAUCAGGCGUUUCUCGAAAUGGGGGACGAGAAUGCUGCGGCGACCAUGGUGAAUUAUUACGCUACCGGCGUGGCUCAACUCAGAGGCAGAGCAGUCUACGUGCAGUUCAGCAAUCAUCGUGAACUCAAGACGGAUCAAACGCACUCCAACAACGCGGUCAGUAGCCCAACAAAUGAUGUCGCCAACACCUCUGAGAAUUCGAACAACCAGGUCGCAAUUGCUGGACAAAAUCAGGUGUCUGGACCUGGCGAGACUCAGGGCGGACCCAACACCGUACUCCGAGUCAUCGUGGAGCACCUGCUCUAUCCGAUCACUCUCGACAUACUCUAUCAGAUUUUCACGCGCUAUGGCAAGGUCCUGAAGAUCGUCACCUUCACAAAGAACAGCUCCUUCCAGGCACUAAUACAGUACGCGGACAUGCUGUCGGCGCAGACCGCUAAAUUCGAGGUUGAGAAAGCUGUAGCAUUAAACUUGCCGCUGCUUAAGUCGCUCGACGGGCAGAACGUCUACAACUCUUGCUGCACGCUGCGCAUCGACUACAGCAAGAUGCAAAAUCUGAACGUUAAAUACAAUAACGACAAGUCCCGGGAUUACACUAACCCGAAUCUUCCGACCGGUGACGCCAGUCUGGAUGCGGCAUCGCUCGCUCUUGGCGGCGAAUUGCUGCUGAUGGGUGCCGGUUCUCAACCGCGUGCCAGAAUACCCGUAGAGUCCAUUGCAGGGGCACCGGGUGUGCUGCCCACGCCCUUUGCGAUGCACGGUCUCGCUUCGCCCUUGGCCGGACCUUACAACGGCGUACCUCCAGCCGGCGGACUUGCCGGUCUCGGCGGAUUCCCUCUUGGCGCGGCUGGUCUAGGUGUCCGGGUCCAAGGAAGCGCGCAAGCAUCGGCCGUACUGCUCGUCAGCAAUCUCAACGAGGAGAUGGUCACGCCUGACGCUCUCUUUACCCUGUUUGGCGUUUACGGGGAUGUACAGCGUGUGAAGAUCCUCUACAACAAGAAAGACUCGGCACUAAUACAGAUGGCCGAACCUCAUCAGGCGCUUUUAGCGCUAACCCAUAUGGACAAGUUAAGAGUGUUUGGAAAGCAAAUCAAAGUAAUGCUCAGCAAACACCAAACGGUUCAAUUGCCAAAAGAAGGUCAGCCAGACGCGGGCCUCACGAAAGAUUACACCAACAGUACUCUUCAUCGAUUCAAGAAACCUGGCUCGAAAAAUUAUCAGAACAUCUAUCCGCCGAGCUCGACCCUGCAUUUAUCAAACAUUCCGGCUACGGUAGCGGAGGAAGAAAUCAAGGAUGCUUUCACCAAGAACGGCUUCACCGUGAAAGCUUUUAAGUUCUUCCCGAAGGACAGGAAGAUGGCUCUCAUACAAAUGCCUAACAUGGAUGAUGCCGUGGCUGCGUUGAUUAAAAUGCACAACUAUCAGCUUAGCGAGUCCAACCAUCUCAGAGUGUCGUUCUCCAAGAGCAACAUCUAACAAGAAUCGCCACCGCACGAGCAGCAAUGGUACCAGCCAUACGCCCUAGUUCCCCUUUGGUCACCCGCUUCGGUCUACGACUGAUGGUCACGUAGUUGGAUCCACUCAGGUGCUCGUCCGUUCCUGCGAGAGUCGCUACGCUGUUGCUGGCUACAGCAACCAAUGCAGGACUGCGUCGUACUCGGACUUUGAAGCAGCACAAGCGGACAGGAGCUACCUCGUCCGAGCGAGCUUAGGAUGUUCUCGAGGCCUUGCCCUUGUUGUUGGGACGUCUAUAUGGCACGCACUUAUUUUCGCAUCCGGUUGAUUUUGACGAUUUGAGGGGUGUUACUAGGGUGUUUUGAGAUGUACCAGGGCUGCAAGCGCUCAAAUUAAACGAUGAAGAGGCAAAUUCGCGACGGCCUUCUCGAAGGUAGUUUCCGGUGCUGGCUUUCGAGCGUAUUAACGCGACAGUUUCAUAAUUUUAGAAAUAUGUGAGGAAUUUAGAAACAGACAAGGAUCGCGGAAAAGGAAAGGAGGAGAGAGAGAGAGAGAGAGAGAGAGAGAAAGAGAAUAACGUGAUUAUUCUUAUGAAAGCCAGGACCGUCGCAGGAAGAGAGAAACAUAAAGAGAGAAAGUGAGAAAGAGAGAGAGAUAUGCAAAAUAAAACAAAGAGCUUAGCAGCCGGGCAUACAUAGAGAAAGCAUGUGUAAAAGAGGGAAGAGAGAUUAGGAUUAGACGGGAGCGAGGAAACAGCACAGUGGCGAACAGUCCUCGACUCUUGUACAGAGUUAAUGCUUAGGGAAGAUAAGAUAUAUUAUUAUACAUGUAAAAUUCAUGAUCGCGCGGCCCAAACCGCUACAGUGAUUACGGUUAAGAAUUUUUCAAAGUUACGUGGACACAAGGGCGACCAUCUCGCGAUAAGCGCGCGCGACGGCGUCCGUAUAUCACAGUUCGGAAGUAGGUCUCCGUCGUCAACGUGCUCGUUCGAUGAGCGGACUCGAGAAGAAAUGCCAAGUGGAAACAAAUGGACCGCGAGGUAUCUCAAGACGAUCGUCGUACGUUCACGCGUGACGCGACGGCCGACUAUCGUGAAUCAGCAGCGUUUACCACGAGACAAUCUUCAUUCUUCUGACGACCAAACACACAUGCGACCGAGCGUACUUCUUCGUGGCUUCCGUUCCGUUUCGAGGGCGAGACAUACGAUCGACGAGGCUGACCGAUCGAGUACGACGGGAACGACGUGUUUUAAUUGACCGGGUAUCUAAAUAAGAAAAUGGCCAAUGUCACGGGACCUUUUGCAUGCUUUCACGAAGUACUACUACUACUUCGCCGACGAACCGAUCGCCCUCGUUGAUUUUACAUCGCAAGAUUGGCAGCGGCCAAAAUUGGAGAGGAGAGUUGAAAGUGGCGGAGCGCCGAAUCGGCCUUCAAAAUUCUUCCCAUAUCCGUUACUUAUCGCGAUUGGUUGAUCCGUUCGUAAGGCGGAAGCGAAGCAAUUAUCAAAGUCGUUCGUUGCGUGCUGAGAGCAAUUCUAAUUGGAGUAUGCUACUCCGAACGUAUCUGGCCCGCUCGACCUAUGUUUUAUGUUUCUUCGCGGGGCGUAUUUCUCCCGAAGGUACCUGCAGUAUUCUCGACUAUCCGGCGAAGUCGAACGCUUCUUAGGGGAAGAUCGAGCGGUGCCUGAACGUUCAAUGACCGAGGCGAGUUCUCCGCUCCGCAGACCCACGCGACGCGUUUGCGCGCGUCGUUAUACGGUCGUCACAGAUGGCAUUUUUAUAAUUUGUACGUUUCAGUUUGGAAAUAAGUAUUAUAACGCACCCGCACACGUAUCCGCGUCUUUAUGAGACCGUACAAUUAUGCAGUUAUACGUACACGGACAAAACACACACAUUCAUGCACGCGCCGCGCGCGAAAAUAAAUAUUUCGACCGCCCUCUGAUUUAUACACACACACACACACACACACACACGUACACAUACACACAAAUACAUACAGACGCAUAGAUACAACUGAAUGCGCGCAGAUUUCUUAGUUAGAAUAGAUGCUUAGGCAUGUGUUAGGAUCUUAAUCGUAUAGUAAGCGACUAGAUAAGUAAUUGACUAGGAGAGGAAGGAGUGAACCGUUGAACAUAUCGCUAAUUAAAAAGUUUGCAACGUACGGGGCGCGCGCGGAAAGUUGGUACCGAUCGUAGCGAAUCAACGAGUGCACUCAGGAUACCUCGAGGAUGGUUCGCAUCGAUGGACAGUAUUCGAAGAAGAGAGAGGUACUAUCAUGUCUCUGUGCCAACAAUAGAUCCAUCGUUUGACGAGCUUUGAUCCACCCCAUCGAGAGAGUUCCUGAUAUCAAAGCAUUCCUUCAGUAGUCGGCGAUUGUGAGGAUUCCCCGUAAAUACAAGCGAAUAUCUCGAGGAAGCAUCGCACAUAUAUAGAUUGGUAUUCGAGGAGGCGAAUCAUCGUUCGAAACGAUUCAUUUGUAACGUUGAGACAAAGCGUUGAAGAGAAAAGCAAAGUAAUACGCUAGAAUCGUAUUUACGGGGAUUUAGUAGAAUUGUGCAAGAUCGAUUGGGGUGGUCGCGUCGAGAUGUCUGAGGUGUCCUCGUCGAGAAGCGCGAAACGGAAUUUAGAUCGGACGUCGCGAAGUUGAGAACAAUUGAUCUUAUUUCUAUUAUGAAUGAGAAUCCUGAAGUCCUUAAACGUAACGUGCCGCGCGCGCGCCGGCAAAGCCCACGGGUUUCUGUCUAAUCGACGUUCUGUUGGAGUCAAUUAAAUUUUACUGAUAUAACAUAACUGAUCGUAGAGAGAAGUAGGAAAAGGAUUAGUGUUGGAAGGAGACUGUUAUGCAAAGGCGUAACUGAACGAGCGAGAGGGAGGGAGAGAAAGAGAGAGAGUAAUUGCGUGAGUGCGAGAGAAAGAGAGAAACGGAGCGAAAGAGUUGUAUUCACGUUGAAUGUAUUGUCGCGCGACUUUGACGGAUAUUGAAUUAUAUAAAAGGGUAGGAAGAGGAGUUUCUCCAAGCCGAGAACCGCGCAGCGACCUACAAGGCAGGGGGAAUGACGAAACUGUGAAAAAAAAAA